AUGCCAAGACUUCCCCGCGAUGCAGAAAAGCUGGGGCAAGUUAUGAAGUGUUGCUGUCUAAGAGUGUUGCAGUGGCAGGAAACAAAAGAGGACUGCCUGCCAAGCCGAGGGUUCUUAUGUCGCGGGAAGCCAGUUUGUAGAUGUUUGUGGGUCAUAGUGUUCAAGCGAUCCGUGAGUAGAUCCCGUCGUCAACAGCAGGACUCCAAUCCGGAUCCAGUGCCGGCCACAGUCAAUGCCGUGGCUUUCAGGACCAUCUUUACCAAGAUGGACUUCGUGGAACGCAUUCGCGAUGUGCGCUACAAGGGGAAAUGUCCAAGGAUCCUGUCGGCAGAGGAGACUUUGCUGAUCAAUUCCUUCUACCUGCGGUUCUCUCAGAAGGCCAGGCAGCAUGGCAUCAAAGUGACGUCGCCUGUCUGCUCGCAGUGGACGCAAAAAUACAAACCGGAGGCGCCUCCGGAGAAAAGGUCUUACGAGUGGUACUUCCCCGAGACCGGCGAACGACUGCACCUCGGCUUGCAUGACGCCAAAGAAGAGGAGGAUCUGUGGAUCUUCCUGCGACAACUGACAGGCCUAGAGGACAUGGAGGCCGCGAAGGCGUUUGCUUGGUCGAAUGCUGGUGCCUCCAGCCUUGAGGCUUUCUGCAAGGAAGACGUCCAUUUGCUGACUGGUGCUCUGGUGCGCUGGUCAGAAAAGGCUCGAAUGCAGGGGCUCCUAAGUUCAACGAGGCUGAAGUCGGUUGGCCAGGAUGGCAAGCAACUCGAGUUCUUGCUGUCCAACAACGAGACAUUGUGGCUGAACGUGGACGACAUGUCUCCGAAGGAGGACAUUUGGGUAUUCCUCCUGGAUCUUAGCCGCGUCCCCAUGGAGAGCCUGGUGCCUGCGGAGCCUGCGGAAGAGACAGAUCCGUGGCAGGAUGGCUCUUGGAAGCGCCUGGCAAAGGAGAUGUGGGAGCGGAAGCCGGAGGAGCAAGAGCAACCCAAGAAGGAAGAAGCCAAGCAGAACUGGUGGGAAGACAAGGACUGGCAUGGACAGAAGUAUCGAGAUCGAGACGGCUGGGGUCAAAAUGGCAACCAGCGAUGGGAGAAUCACAGGGACAGGCGCCGCGACUGGUGGCCUCGGAAGGAUUGGCAGCAGUCUGAGCCAACGAGCCAUUCUGCCGGCAGGGGAGACUUCUGGGGCGAUUCUUGA